UGUUAUUCAAUAAAAGUGCAGUGUAUUGAGCUUAUUGGACAUCAUUCAGACUAUUCAGCUCACGUACGAUACUUGUGCUUCAAACUUUAAUUUUAUGGAAUUCUAAGUCUCGAAUUUUGUCCCAUUAUCCGAAUACGCAUUAAUAUUGCAGAAAGAAGACAACCGAACAAAAACUAUUCACAUCGAUGAACGGAACUUUCAAUUGUUUACCUUAACAAUAGAAGGAAACAAUGAAUUAUCCAAUAAUUACCGUUACCCACGUGGAGGUAUCAUCGCAGCAUUUCAUCAAGAUACACGGCCAGACGAAUCUCGACAAUGCGAAAAAUGUUAAUGCUGCAGUGGGUUCUAUGAUCGGCAUCUUUCAAACAUUUCCUCCGCCUUUAAUGAAAAUGUUGAACGCUGGUUGCGUGGUUCUCGUCUACUUCAGCAAAGCCUAUCAUCGCGGGAAGUUCGUCGGAUUUGAUGCGGGAACAACCGCUAAUGUGUUGCUGGUUGAUUUCGGUUUCACGGUGAACAUAGAAUUGGCUAACCUACGAGUGCUCAGCCUGGCUCAAAAUCAAAGAGCAUGCGAUUAUCUGAUCAACGAACCGGCACUGGCAAGCGAAUUCAUACUCAACCGUUGCAUAAUUUACAACGACAACUCGCUGUCGAGAAUUCAACAUGAGAUUCUGCACAACAGCAUGCCAUUUACCAUUGAUGAUGAGUUCGAGCACGUAAAACGAAUUUCUAUACCGUGGAAUGGCGGUGACUAUGCUGACCAUCUCGUCAAGUCGAAAAUUUGCCAAGCGAUCACAGCCGAAAAUCAGAAAAAAUUUCUGAUCCCGAAAGCACCGAGUUUAACAGCAGCGCGACCACCCAAAACCACGAACAACAAUGUACAGAUGCAAAUGAUCAGCAAUCAUUUGGGUGUGCGACAGAGCAAAGUGCCUCAAAAUAUGCCGUCUUUUCAUCCGACCAUCAUACCACCGUCCACGGACUACAAUUUGAAUCAUGUCGAAAAGGCCAAACCGCCACCACCAGUUAUUCUGAACGAACAGCCGGCGCACUACAUGCCCACGUUCGUAUCGGACACGUUACUCGUUAAUGGCAGACAUCAUGUGUACGUGUCCCAUGUCGACGACGGUCCGUACAUAUUUUCCGUGCAGCUAAAAUCGUCCGAACGGAACAUGGAACAAAUGAUGGCUUCAAUUGCAACGUGCCCGUUGCAGCAGUUGUCUAGAAAGCCAGCGCUGGGAAUGGCUUGUCUGGCACGCUUUUCCGUUGACAAUCAAAUUUAUCGGGCCGUCAUUAAGUCGAUACAUCUGGACAGUUGUCAGUUGUUGUACGUGGAUUACGGCAAUUCGGAGAAGGUGCUGCACAACAACAUUUACGACAUCCCGGAGCCAUAUUUGCGCUUGAAGACUUUUGCAAUCAGAGUUUCACUUGCCGGUUUGAAUAACCUUCCUCCGCUAUCGGACCAAGUUAAGAACGCAUUCAAGGAUAUGGUGGCUGACAAAACACUUGACAUGGUGGUGGUGCCUCCUGAUGGCAAGACAUUCGUUCAAUAUUGCGAGCUCAGUAUAAACGGUCAAAGUUUGCUGAAUUGUGUGAAGGACAUGGUCGAUGAAACUCCGAAAUUCAUCGAGCCCGCUACUCUGAGCGAUGGUGAUUUCGUUGUCAUCCGUUAUGUGGAAUCGCCAAAGUUGUUCUGCGUACAACAAACCAAAAACAUCGUUCAACACAAUGCAAUGAUCGACAAACUGUGUCAUUACUGUUUGACUGCUCGGUCGCUGACUAAAUUCGAAAAAGGCAUCGCUUGUGCAGCCCGUUACAAAAACGAUAGCGAGUGGUAUCGUACGGAGAUUGUCAGCGUCAGUGGAAAUGAAGCGACGAUUCGAUUCGUCGAUUACGGAAUCGAACUCCAAACGGAAAUCGCUGCCCUGAAGGAAAUUCACUACGACUUUCUGAUGACACCGAAGCAAGCGGUACGAUGUUGUCUGCUCGGUUUCGAGUCGAUGCAGACCGUCAGCAAUUCGUCGCAAGAUCAAAUGGAUCUUCUAGCUGAAGAUUCGCUAGGUGAACGACGUAACUUCCGAGUCAAAAUUCACGGAAAAGUGGGCGAUGCCGUACUGGUUAAUCUGAUGGACGAAUCGCAGCUACCGUAUCUCGACUUCUCCCUGCGUAUGCUGCAGCUGAGCUUACCGCAAAGUUCGUUCCGACAGUACGAAAUGCGACUACAGAAUAAGGCAUCAAUUCCGCGAACGGCUAAUGUACCACCGGCUGUUGAUGUAGCCGAUCCACACCAUGCAUCGUUGAACGAAAAAUCUACAUCGGAUUCCGGAUUCCAGGACGGUGCAUCGACGUCGACACGCAUAAGUAAUUGGGAUGCAACGGAUCGCCGAUCGAAUGCAAAACUCCACAAUCCACAAAACGAUAGUCGAGAUGACAGUGUCGGCUCCAACUCAAUGUUAAACUCGUCAAGACUACCAGACACAAUCAAAAUUGACGUUAAAGAAUCCAAAUUCUACAAGAACACCCAUCCAAAUCCGACCAAUGACCAACGAAAUGCCAAACCAUCGAAACCAUACGUCAGCUCAAAUGUAAAUGUCAGACGCGACGGAUUAUCGGAAGGUCCAAUCGAUCCGAGCAGUGAAAUACCGAUCGAAGCAAUAGCAGUCAACGAUACGCACCAAGUGAAACUGUCGUGGUUCUUCUCGCCGCUCGAAUUUUUUGUCACAACCAUUAAAUCGGAUGCCGAUCUGGCCUACACCAGCCAAAUGAAAAACAUCCAUUUCUUCUACAAGAACAAACCGCCCAUGACCAGAAAGGCUGUAAUCGGUUCGUUGGUCAUCGCCAAAUACAACAAAAACAAUGAGCUGCAUCGGGCCAGAAUCGUUGACUACGAUAACGAGACCGGCAAAUACAAGGCUCAGCUGAUCGAUGUGGGCGCACUGACCAUAGUUAACUCGACCGACUUAUACGAAAUGGAUAAAAUUUUUGCUAAGCUGGAAUGCCGGGCAAUCAAAUGCAGUCUUCAUGGCGUUGCACUUCGGGCCAGCCGAUUCGACAUGGAAGACAUCGUCGAAAAGCUUUUGGAUGAUAAGAAAUUGACCUGCAAAUUUAUCAAGAAGAAAGCGGACACAUUCUAUGUUGACAUCAAUGUGGACGGAGUGAACGUCAGAGAAGUGAUGCUGCGGGAUAAAUAUCUGUCAGAAUUAUCUGAAGAUAUUGACUUGGAACGACUAGUCGGCCAGACUGUGAUGGCAAAAAUUGUAUCCUUCAAAGAUCUCAGUUCCUUCCAAAUCGUCAUAUGCGGCUGUGAAACAACGUUUGAAGUUUCGCACCACAAGACCAGUUCGAACGUGACGUCCAUCGACAAAAAGCUACCGAAAGGACAGAUAAUUCCCAUUCGCAUUGAGUCGUUCUUGGUUGGAAAAACAUUCUCCGUAACUCCUCUGAUCGGCGAAACGUCUCCAUCUCCUCCAUGCAAUCUGCCAUUUUUAUCGAACAACUUCAAAGCAUAUGUCGUGCAUUGGGAGGACUAUAACGUUGCCUACGUUCACAGUCUCAUGGCACACGAUUUGGCUGAAUCGUUGCUGGAUCAAUUAUUCGAUAUGUACGACAAAGGCGGUGAUCUUCUGCAAGACAUAGCACCGGGAACGUUGUGUGCUGUGAAGUCAUCAGAUGAAAACUGGUACCGCGCGGAAAUCAUUUCGGGUACGCAGUCCGAGGUCAACGUUCGAUAUUUGGAUUAUGGCAACUGUGAGUCGAUUCCGAAGAGCCUCGUCAAGCGAUUGGAUUCGAAAUUUUCCAACACUCCUGCCUUGGCCGUUAAGGUCUACUUGCCGCUGCAAAAAGUGUACAGCGAUCGGAAAACUUCAGUCGAGGAAAUUGUGAAAUUGACUGCUGACAACUCGUUAGACCUAAAAGUUCUGGAAUUCUGCGAUCGAAAUUGGAUCGUCGACAUGUUCAUAGACGACGACAGCAUUACCACGACAAUUAAGCAGAAAAAUUGUUGCAAAUCGAUGAGUAUCGACGACCUGAAGAAGCAAAUCGCUCACAUUGAAACGCUGCAGAAGGUUGCUCGAUUGGAUGCUCAAAAGGAGCGAGGAAAUCAGGAUGUAAAGACGACGUCUGUAAUGACAAAUAAUGUGCGCAGUGACCCGGUACCACCGAAAUCUGCACCACCGAUAUCUGCACCACUGAAAUCUGCACCAGCAGCAAGCACUCAACCGAUCAGUAUUCAACAGCCCAUUACUAAACCGGCAAUCGAACAAACUCCGCAACAAGUCAACGGUGAAAAAACAUCCAGAACGAACGUCUACAUCAGCCACAUUGACCGACCCGAUCGAUUCUAUCUACAAAUUUCAUCGACAACUGCGGCCUUAGAACAAUUACAAGAAGACAUUCAAAUCGUCGCUCCGUCGCUUCCUCCUCUUGAAGACUUUUCCACCGACACACGUUGCAUUGUCCGAUAUUCCGUUGACGAUCAAUGGUACCGUGCCACCAUCAUUGACUCCGGUUCAGGCAUUACGUCGAUUUUAUUCAUCGACUAUGGCAAUACGGACACCAUCACCGACAACAGCUUAAUCAAAUCAAUGAACGACGCAUUCGAUCGAAUACCGCCGUAUGCCAUUCCGUGUGCAUUGCCGCUAGAGGCCAAAGAUCGAAUGGAGUGGAGUGAAGAGGCGUGUGAAUUGCUGAGAAAUUUGGUGCAAAACGAGCUGGAGUUCGAAUAUGUUUGCAAGGGAAAGUCCAACAAUUUCGUCAAGCUGUACCAUGAAGGUCGGGACAUUAUGCAACAGCUGAUUGACGGUGGCCACGCCAUCAAAUUGGAGUCGAUUAGAAGCGGCACAAUUUGUUACGUCAGUCAUAUCAACUCGAUAUCAGACUUUUACAUCCAAAUGGAGAACGACAGGGACGCUUUGGAGAAAGUAUCCGAUUAUUUGCUUGACGUGUCGAAAUUGGAUGUCGUCAAAGAUAUCAAGGAAGGUGUCGUUUGUGCAGCUAAAUAUUCCGAAGAUGGUCUGUGGUAUCGAGCCAAAAUACUGUCACGCAAUGCAGACACAACCGAAGUGUUUUUCGUCGAUUACGGCAACUCUUCGUUGACGAACGAACUGCGAACUAUUCCAUCUGGCAUUGCGAACGCUCCGUCGCUGGCAAGAUACUGUUCAAUGGUGAAGCCUAAGGACAUACAGUAUUGGUCGGAAAGUGCCGAACGCCGAUUCAAUGAAUUAACCGACAAUGGAGCCGUCUUUGUGGCAGAUGUUGUCAGUCCCGGAAAGAAAUCAAGUGUCGAUCUGUUGGUCGACAAUCGAAGCAUCUUGGAGGACAUUUCCCCUCUUUGUGAUAAAUAUUCGUUAAGUCAAUUGGAAAAUACGCUUCAAAGUAAUGCGAACGCGACGACCGGAUCGGAAACGGUUAAAGCUCAGAUUGUUGAUGGCUCGGCGAGUAAAUUUUACAUUCAAAUGGAGAGCGAUUCCAGUAAAUUGGACGAAAUGUUGGCCGCAUUGGAAAAUGCAUGCACAUGGCCUGCACUCGGAGAAUUGGUCGUUGGCCAGAUGUGUGCUGCUCUUUUCGAGGGAGGCUACUACAGAGCAAAGAUUUUGUCAUUGGGCGAAGGAGGUGCGCUCGUCCACUAUGUUGACUACGGAAAUCAGUCGUUUUCGACCGAUCUUCGACAACUACCCGAAAACCUGAAGCAGCUCAGACACUUGGCCAUUUGUUGUCGUCUGGAAACCGUCAGUUCGCAAUUGAUUGAACGAUUCGAGAAGCUGUCCAAAGACGACACCUACGAAAUGAAAUUCGUUUCCAAGGAAUCCAGUCCGGCCAUCGUUCAACUGUUCGUGCGUGGAGUAAAAUUUCAGGAGAACGUUAAAGUCAAAGCAUUCAUCUCCGAACUGAUUGCCCCAGAUCAAUUUUACAUUCAACUCAACAAUGAUAUGGAGGCAGCCAUGACGUCUGCCAAUGAAUUUCCCUUGCUGGAGGAUGGUCACAAAUGUGCCGGUAAACUUUGUGCUGCACUGUGGGAGGAUGCAUUUUACCGAGCUGAGAUUUUGACGGUUGGCGAAGACGGAAUAAAAGUCCACUUCAUCGACUAUGGAAACGAAUCGUACGCGACCGAUCUACGAAAGUUACCCGACAAUCUGGAGAAAAUCGAACGAGCGUCGAUGUUGUGUGCGCUGGAAAACGAGAAGGGCAAAUUUAGCAGCGAUUUCAUCGGAAAAUUCGCCAAUUUGGAUCUGGACAGAGAAUACGAAUUCGAGGUCUUAACUGAAACGAGUCCCCGGAUGGUUCGAAUUUAUGUGAACGGCGAGUUGUUGACGGAAGAUAGUAUUGAUAGUAUUAAUGUACCAAAAAAUGGCCACAUUACGGCCAACAGUGAUAAUAAUGUAAACGAUACUGGUGAUCAACGAAGUGGUGCUAACGAAAUUACAGAUAAUUCGUUGAACGGAACGAGAGCCUCAAACAGUAGCACGAUGUCUGCUGAUGUAGCGACACAAGCAAAACGCAUAGAAGAGGUGCACAUUAAAAGCCUUAAAAAUGCAGGUAUGGGCUAGUACCCCCAGCAUAAAAUUUUUAUUUUUCCAAUCCUUCGGAUUAACAAUUAUCUUCCUUUCAUACACUCAUUAACUAUCGGAUUAAUUUGUUAUAUUAUUUCUUAUACUCAACCAAUGAAUAUUCUAUACGAGAACGUUUUAAUGCGCAGAGCAAAAAAAAAAAUAUUUUUAUUUUAUCGGCAAAAAUCAGGGUUGUCUUCUCACCCAAUUUUUGUCUUGUUAUGAAUUAUCUGCAAUUACAAAUAAUAAAUAUGUGAAAAACUA